ACCUUUUGGCAGAUGAAAAUGUUUUCAUUCCCCCCCCCCCCCACCCCCACUCACCAUACACAUCAACACAUUAACAUAUGAUAUACACUUAUCACACUGUCAGUCACGCCCUUUGCUAAUACAUUUUUGUACUUUUAGACUUUAUCUCAAACAUUGUCUGCCAAAGGAGAAUGUUCACUUCAGUGUGUGACAACAAACUGUGCAUCCCAGAGCUGUGUCAUGUUUCAACCGUGCAUCAAAUAAGGAAAAGUCCUUCACAAGUAUUAUCUGUCAGAGACUUUAACUGUUGGAUUUGAGGUAAUUAUAUAAACAAGGAGGUAUUAUACUUGUGGGAGUGAAUCACCCACGGCAACAAGGAACUGCUUGUAAGUGACAAGGGCUACAUAUGUGCCUGUCUAUAUUAGCCACAGAUGAAGUUAAAACCCAUGUGUCUUAUAAGCUGACUAGCCAUUUCAAAAGUGAUUGUUUUUAUGAUAAGCAUAUUAUUUUUUAUCUUUAUUGCUUGUAAGGAAUCUGGGAAUAUGAAUUCUCACUACCAUGAUGACAACCUACUGGUGACUGUUAGUAACCUCGUUUCUGCUGGCACAGACACUACGUCAUCCAGUAUUAGAUAUGGCUUACUGCUCAUGGCCAAGAAUCCAACAAUUCAAGAACGAGUUCAGGAAGAGAUGAACAGGGUGGUAGGAAGCCGUCAGGUCCGGGUAGAGGACAGGAAGAACCUUCCAUACACUGACACUGUUAUCCAUGAAAUACAGAGGAUGUCCAUCACUGUCCCGUUGAUUCUACAUUGCACCACACGGGAUGUUACCUUCCAGGACUACUUCAUCAAGAAAGGAACUACAGCACUGCUGCUGCUGUCAUCUGCUCUUCGGGAUGAAGACGAAUGGGAAACACCUUACACUUUCAACCCAGCCCACUUCUUAGAUGAGGACGGACAUUUUAAAAAGAGAGACGCUUUUUUACCGUUUUCCGCAGGAGCGAGGGCUUGUGCGGGAGAAAGCUUGGCUAGGAUGGAGCUGUUCCUCUUCUUCACCUCCCUCCUCCAACACUUUAGCUUCACUCCUCCACCUGGAGUUAAAGAGGAUGAACUGGAUCUGACACAGAAUGUGGGCCUAAUCUUGAGUCCAUCACCUCAUAAACUAUGUGCUAUCAGCAGGGUCUGACAGACUUCUAAAGUGUGUUAUCACACGA